CCGGAAACUGCUUCAUUGUGUUUCCGCUAUGCUAAAAGUUGAAUAGCUGCUGGCGGCGUAUCCACAAAUCCUCAACAAUGGCUGUGAAAUUAAACGCUUUGACCAGCGAUUCCUACAUCGAUGUUAGUCAAUACAGAGACCAACACUUUAAGGGUAAUCGCUAUGACCAGGAGAAGCUGCUGAAGCAGAGUAACACUUUAUAUGUUGGGAAUCUCUCCUUCUACACCACUGAGGAGCAGGUGCACGAGCUGUUUUCCAAAAGUGGAGACGUGAAGCGCAUCAUCAUUGGUCUGGAUAAAGUCAAGAAGACGGCCUGUGGGUUCUGCUUUGUAGAAUACUACACACGAAUCGGUGCAGAGAAUGCCAUGCGCUUUAUUAACGGCACACGGCUGGAUGACCGCAUCAUCAGGACUGACUGGGACGCCGGCUUCAAGGAGGGGCGGCAGUACGGCCGCGGCAAGUCUGGAGGACAGGUGAGAGACGAGUACAGGCAGGACUACGACCCGGCCAGGGGCGGCUACGGGAAGCUGGCUAGCCAGCAUCGACCCACAGAGGCGCGCAAUAGUUUUUAAAAGGAACCCCCACCUUCAGUCCUGGAUUCAUUCUCCAACAACAGCUUCAACAGAUUGUUUCCUCAAUGUGAACGCCAAACACUCAACAGCAGCCAGAACAAGAGGGCUCCUUAUUCCAUCGUCUCUGACCGUCGUUCCUGCAGCCAGUCUACUUCGAUCACACGCCCAACCUCAAAGUUGGCGUGUGAUAUGAGGGGAUGUUUUCAUUGUUCUGUACAUUUCCCUACAGACUGGAAAGGAGCUGAUAUCAUGCAGGGACUGGGUCAGUGAUGCAUCAAAUAACAUGACUAAAUGAACUUGACGAGUCUCCGUGUUCUGUUACAUUGGCAGUCUGUUCUAUAAAAACAAACAUUUGGAAUUUGGUUUUCAUCUUCUUUACCAUUGUGAAUACUUUUUUUAAAUAAAGAUUUGUUUGACA